GACACAUUUUUACCAUGAAAUCAGUGUUGUAAUUUUCGUUGUGUGGCACACACCUCUCCACACUGUGAUCACAGAAAGCCCCUCAGCAUCCAGACCCUGACGGUGCCCCCCUGUGUAGCUCCACCCUUCGCUGGAAGCUUCCUGUUCGGCUUUCUGAUGCUCAGAUCCGCUCGCUUCUCCUCGGAGCAGGAAGGAAGAUGCCGAGGCUGAGCAGAGGCACCUGGAUGAGCUCGGUUCUGCGGAUCGCUGUGCUCUGUGGCAGUGGUGUGUGUGCUGGAGAACGGUACGCUGAUGCCGAUGAAGGGGAUUCUGGGUCAGAAAGUGUGUUCGGGGCAAGGUGUGUGUCCCGCUGCCUGAGCCUGCACAGCGUGGCUGCACCCCUUACUCCCCUGCAGGGUAACGGGUCGCUGGGUUGGUGCCGUAGUAACAAACCCUGCUCACUGUGCCUGGAGCCAUGCAUGCAUGACUGGAAGGUGAAGAAGAGAAGCAACUGCAGAGAACUUUGUGAGCAGGUAUUUCAGAGGAUGCAGUGGGAGUGCGUGGCCAGUUGUCACUUCCUCCACUCAGUCCUGGCAGCGAAGCAGGGCCGCUGUCCGCCACCAGAGGGAGCCAGUGGGUUCGCAGCUGCGUGCAUCGAAAGUUGUGACCAUGACAAGGAAUGCUCUCUGCAGAAGAAGUGCUGCUUCAAUGGUUGUGGACACACCUGCCAGCCUCCCACAGACCUAUACAAGGGCGUUCCUCUGAAACCAAAGAAGGACCUGAGCUUUGAGGAAUCUCCCUCUGGGCGCCUGACCGUCGGCUGGUCGUCCCGUUUGAACGUCUCUGCCGAGCCAGUGGUCUACAUUCUGCAGAGGAGGUGGAACGUUGGCGUCCGGCCCAGUGAGGACACCGCCACCCCCUGGGAGGAAGAGACUCAGACCACAGAGUUGGGGGCGAGUCUGUCUGACAGCCGGCCUGGUCGUUGGUACCAGUUCAGAUUGGCGGCUGUAAACCUCCGUGGGACCAGAGGUUUCACCACUCCAAGCGAACACAUCCGCUCUAGCAGAGACCCCUCCGCUCCGCCGGCCCCGUCUGAGCUGAGAGUUGCCGACAUGAACUUUGGCCCCGGCAGACUAGUGAGAGCGAGGGUCGUCUGGGACGUUCCGACAGACCUGGAUGUUCCCGUCCACCACUACAAGGUCAGCUGGAGCUGGACAGCAGCUGGACACUCGUCCAUGACCAAGAGGAGGAAGACAGUCAGAGAGAACCAGGUGGAGCUGAGCAGCAUGAGGUCCGACAGGAAGUACAGCGUGGAGGUCCAAGGUGUGUCCCAGUGGGGACAAACAGAGCUCAAGGGUCCUCCAGCUGUCCUCCAUUUCAUCACCCAGAAGACUUUCGGUCCUGCGCCACCACGUCCCGCAGGCGCCGUUCUGGACGUCGGGACUCCGUUCUACCAGGACGGCCAGCUACGUGUUCAUGUUUGCUGGCAGACCAGUUCGGAUCCUUCGGUUGAAUUCUACAAACUUCACUGGGGACCCGAAAGCUGCACACACAACCUUACCAAGCCCACGGAGAAGACCAGAACGAGGAAGAACUUUGUCAGUCUGCAAGGUCUGCUCUUCUCCUGCAAGUACAAAGUCGUUCUGCAGCCAGUCAGCUCAAAGAGUCGUCCUCCAGCAGAAAGCUCCAGUUUCUCAACUCCUUCCUGUUCCGGCAUCCAGGCUAAGAGCCCCAAACUCAUCCACUGUCCUGGAGAGGCGGCUGAGCCGCCAGAGUUCAUCCGCAUGAAGGUCGUUAACCUGACGGCGUCGUUUCGAGCUCACCGCGACAACGUGUCGGCCAUCUUUAGCUGGGAUUUGGCCACGACUCUUUCCAACCAGCAGCUGCUUGGUUACCAGGCGACAUGGACGGAGGUUGCUUCGCCCAGACGCCACAGCAGCAGGAAGUUACCUCACAGCCUGAUCUCUCAGUCUCAGAUCUUACCUCCGGACGGUAAUGUUCUGGUUGUACCAGGCUUGCAGCCCGCCAGCGUGUACCGCCUGGAGGUUCGGGUCAUCUCAGCCGAGGGCGAAGGCCCUGCAACCAGCCGCACCUUUCAGACUCCUGGGCACCAGAGCAUCCCAAAGCAAAUCAGGAUUCCGGCUCGGGAACGAUCGCCGCACUAGUCCAAGUCCCUACUAGUCUCCGAGUCCCAGCCUGCACGGCCUCAACCCCCUAACGUAGCAACAACGAAGACCUGACUGAGGGAAGAAGGAGGAUUUCAGGAUCCGGCCGAAUCAGCUGUCGAGCAUGGUGGUCAGUAUUUCAAAGUUUCACGGGGUUUAACCUUUCAGCUCAAAAUCAUCCUCUUAUUUAUGGGACUCCACAGCCAACCGGUUCCUUACAUUUACACAACGAGAUGAGGAACAAAGUCUGAAAAAUCAAAUAUGUAACCUUUUUCGUAUUCUUACCCAAAACCUGCAAAGUUUUAAACAGAAAUGUCAGACUUCUGAAAAAUGCGUUCAUUAUUUAUUUAUUUAUUGCACUCAAUACUUGGUGGGAUCUUCUUUUGCACAAAUUGCUGCGUGACUUCAGCCGAGCACAGAGCAGAUCAGCCUGCGAUGCCACUGAGGUGUUCUGGUUGAGUUUUUGCCUUUUUGUUCUCCCCGUGAGCCAUAAUCACCAAAAUUACAAGAAAUAAAACUUGCAAAAAAUAUAUAGAGAGAAUAAUGAAUCUGUGUUUCUUUCAUAGAUUCAUUGCUCAAAAAUAUGAAACUUCUACACAAUAUUUGAAUUUGUGUCCAGAAUGUGAUCUUGGAGUGAACGUUUAAUAAAUAAUCCAGGAGCCACGAUGUGUAUUUAUGUGCAAUCAUUGCUUUUUCUAAGGCAUAAAUACAGCAAAGAGGAUUUUGACAACAGAAGAAAUGAAAUGAAUACAUAAAACAGGAAGAUGAACACAAAAUAUGAAAUUACCUUAAAUGUGUGAAAAAGCAGCAAAGCUUGGUGAUUAUGCCAGACUGGUGAUAAAACAGAUUUUUGUUUCUGACGUAACUGUUCUGUAGUGUUUCUUAGUUACACAUGAAUGUAUGAAUAUUAGAUACAACCAGUGACUCAGCGGUCUCCAUAGUAACCAGACAGAAAACCAUCAGGAUGUGAUGCCGCUGAUUGGAGCUUUCGAACCUGCAGCCACUGAUUGAUGCAAAAAAUGUCAAUUUAAAGCAAAUUCUGGUUCUGACAUUUGGAUGAAGAAGGUCCAACCUCAAACUAGCUACAGUAGCCGGUGCGCGUGUCGGUGUGUGUGUGUGUCUGUGUGUGCAUGCUGGUACGUUUUCAUGAAUUGUGUUUUUUGGAGCAAAUGUCCCCCCUGUUGUAAAAUCCAGGAAGCCAUCCGUAGAUCGUGCGUCGCUCCGACACCGUAUGAAAAGUCUGUUCGUGUUGUUUGCAAAUAUCUCAAAGGUUUUUGAACACAUGAAAGUCGUUCUGCCUCCUGGAAACAUAUAGCCUGUGUGAAAAUGCUGCUUUUCCAUCAGAAGUCAAUUUUAUGCACCGAUAUGAAUCUGUUUUAUGUGUUUAAAAAAAAAAUAAAAAAUUAAAACUGUUUAAAUACA